UCAUUUCUUCUCUCUUUCUUUCUCUUUCCUCCAUUUCCUCUCGUUUUUCUUCGACAUUCUUGGUUUUUCGACGCUUAAACCCUAAUUUCUUCGCAAUUUUGCUAGGGUUUUUCCGUGCAUUGUUAUGAUAGCUGUAACAUUUUCCAGAAAUCGAUUCAAUUUAGCUUACCUACGUCGUUAAUGGCGGAAGAUCCUCGCCGUUUUUCGAUCGGUUACGCUUUGGCGCCGAAGAAGCAGCAGAGUUUCAUACGAGAAUCGUUAAUCAACCUCGCUCGUGACCGUUUGAUUGAUUUGAUCAAAAUCGAUACUGGAGUACCGUUGAUCGAUCAAGGACCGUUCGAUUGCAUCCUUCAUAAGUUGUACGGUGACGAUUGGAAGAAGCAGCUCGUCGAUUACAAGGCGAAAAACCCUAAUGUCGUGAUUUUGGAUGCUCCGGAAUCAAUUGAACGACUUCAUAACCGGAUUUCGAUGUUGCAGGUUGUUUCUGAGUUGAAAUUCGUGCGAAAUGACCGCGAUACGUUUGGAAUUCCGAAACAAAUCGUGAUUUAUGACGUUGAAACGCUUCAAGAUCAUCGGUCUUGGGAAGGAUUGAAGUUUCCGGUGAUUGCGAAACCCUUGGUUGCAGAUGGAAGCGCGAAAUCGCAUAAAAUGUCGUUAGUUUACAAUCAUGGAGGAUUGAGCAACCUAAAACCUCCGAUUGUUUUGCAGGAGUUUAUCAAUCACGGAGGAGUAAUAUUCAAGGUGUAUGUGGUAGGUGAAUACGUGAAAUGUGUGAAGAGGAAGUCGUUGCCAGACGUUUCAGAGGAGAAAUUGGAGAGUUUAGGUGGUUUGGUAUCGUUUUCGCAGGUCUCGAAUUUGGCAAGCAAUGAGAUGACGGAUGAGAAGUACUACAAGAUGAUGCACUUGGAUGAUUGCGAAAUGCCGCCUCAGGAGUUCAUCACUGACAUUGCGAGAGGAUUGAGGGAGGUCAUGAAGCUGAAUCUCUUUAAUUUCGAUGUGAUUAGGGAUACAAGACUCGGAAAUCGGUACCUCGUGAUCGACAUUAACUAUUUCCCAGGGUAUGCGAAGAUGCCGGCGUAUGAGAGUGUGAUGACGGAUUUCUUCUGGAAUGUUGUGGCGAGAAGAGAAGUGACGGAGAAUGAGGAAAGUGAAGAGAAGAGUGAAUUGGUGGAUAACAUUGGUUGCUGAUGAUGAAAUGCAGGAUAAAUUUGUUACAGUAGGUGACAGUUUCUUCUUCUUCUUUCCCCUGCCCCAAAAAAGAACAAGAAAUUGGAGGUUUUUAACAAUUUCAUUGGAUAGGGUGAUAGUAUAGACUGGUGAACAAUUAGGCUUUUUCUUUAAUUUUUUUUUUCAAUGAAUUUUUUUUUUGUUGUUAUUGCUGAUGAUGUUCUUUUUUUCUUUUUCUACCUGACUAGUGUUUCUUUUGUUUGUGGAGACAUUAUUAGUUGGGUGUUAGAUAUCAAAUGAUGUAUAUUCCAUCUUGGCUUCGGAAUUUGAGGUUUUAUCUGAAAUACUCUUGAAAUGGGUUGUAGACGAAAAAGGGAGGCUGCUUUGAUGUUUUUAGGAAGUGUUUAGUUUGUUUUUUCUUGACAAGUUUUGUAAUCUUCUUUCCUAAGGAAAUGUUAAAACAUGUGUCUAUUUUGGGCACCUUAGAUCAAUGAAUUUGUCCAUUUGGUUUAUUCAA